AGGUCACCACACUUGUGUUGGGUUCCGCGACGGCAAGAUGGAAACUUUGCUGGCUUUGUCCCUUUGCAUCGUCGCAGUUGCGGCCAUCCAAGACCCAUGCACAAAUUACCGGGAUAUCUCCGAGCCCCAUAGAAGCGUGGCGUUUAUCCCCGAGGGUACGGAUAGACUUAUCUGUGAUCAUGCUCUGAUACAGGGCUGGUAUAAAUUCGCUAAUGGAGACAUGCCGACAUCCUGCGUCCCAACAUAUCACUGUGGCACAAACGCCCCCAUUUGGUUCAACGGUCAUUUACCCUCUGUGGCUGAUGGCAUUAUUACUGGAAAAGCUUGUAUCAAUUUUGGUCAGGCUUCCAGCGCAACGGCCUAUGGUGGAUCCUCCUGCUGUCAUCAUUCCCUGCCAAUCCAGAUAAAGAAUUGUGGAGCUUUUAACGUUUAUCAUUUGGCCAGGACACCUGCCUGUUUCAUGGCAUAUUGUGCAGGAAAUCAGCAUGUGUGUCCAAUUGGUCAAACAAACAUCGGCUCCAAUAAAUGUAUGGACCUCUAUCCCAAGAUGACGCAUUUCCCUACCCUGGGCCAGCCUUACAUCGACCCUAACAACCACGUACAGUUUCCCUGCCACAUCCCCUUCCCCAAGGGCGAACCUGAUGUCGCAUUUGAUGUCACGUGGACGGUGGACGGACAAAUGAUCACGGAUCCUAACACGAACGCACCAGUGGUGACCACACUGACCGGAGACAACAGAGAUGCGUUACUUGACAGCAUACAUAUGGAGGGUCACAUGGGAAAAACACUUAAGUGUAACGUAACAUCGUAUCACGCGACAUCACCGGGAAUUAAAAGUGAUACACUCAGCAGCAACGGAUUCUGGGCAGGAAUCAGGGCCUCCACCAAUGCCAUCAUAGUCGACGAGAAAGGUGCCGAACAGGAAGUGACGUUGGAGUCAACCGUGCCUAUUCCCUGUAACGACCCACAUAAACAAGCCUGUUCCGUCUCUGUAGAAAUGAUGUCAUCUAAAGAUCCAUUCGAUAUAUCCACGUCAUCGUGUACAUAUGACUUAAAAUACGACAACGUCAGUCACACCUACAAGGCCACAAUCAAGGUCACGGCCACACGUGACUUCGUCAAGGACGGUGACCAGGUUCACGAGCUUGCAUUCCGUCCUCUUCUGACGUGGCAAAGUCCAAUGUUCAACGGUUAUAAUAUCCAUCCCAUACAGGUUACAUCACGUGACAGGCCGCACGCUCUCUGUUCUGCUUCCGGUGACCCGCACUUCCGACAGAUAGACCGUAAAGGUCGACUAGAUGUGUAUGAAGUCGGUGAUUUCAUAAUGUACAAAAGUACAACAAGGCCGUUUGAGAUUCAAAUAAGAACUUGGUCAUGUGGACAUUACAAUCCUUGCAUCUGCGCAAUCGUGGCGAGGGAAGGAAAUGACGUAGUAAGCAUAGAUAUGUGCGAGAAACGAAAGAACCAACUUGCUGCCCCAGACGUCAAAAUCCUAUCAAAUGGACCUUUACAUAGUAUGACUAUCGACAGGGAUACGUCUGGCAAAAAUUUCUUCUUAAACUUUGCAUCUGGCACACGUCUAACGGUUGGCGCGCAUACCACAGAUUACCACCACACAGGCGAAAUAGACGGUCACAUGAGUUUGUCACUCCAGUCCCCCACAGAUGACAUUGAAAAAGCCGAAGGUCUUUGUGGAACAUUUGAUGGUCGGGAUACCAAUGAUCUGGAAGGAGCGGAUCAUAAAAUCUACGACUCACAUCACAUCAGAGACUUCUAUCACUCCUGGCUUUUGAAGCCAGGAACCAGCAUGUUUGAUGCCCUGCCGUUGUUUAACACACGCUAUGACCGUCCAGAAAGCCUCUGUAAAUGUGACCACGCCAAGGCCGACUGUACAAAGUCUAAGGGCAAUAACCCGGGUGCAAAGAACUGCAAUGGUAAAUGUACCCCAUUCCAACCCCAAGGCGGUACCCAUCCUCGUGAUCUGGAUUUCCCAUUUGAAGCUCCGGUCAAACGAGAUUUCAACACAAUUCAUAUUCGGAGUAGAAGAUCCUUCCCGACACCUAGCGGGAUAACGGAGGCCAUGGCUACGACUACCUGUACCACAGCGAUCCACAGUUCCUCAUUGUACAACCGAUGUCGCACCGUACUCGCGUCAGAGAUUUCACAACAUUAUAUAGACGCUUGCGUGGAGGACAUGAUGUUUGCUGAUGGAGACGAAUUCAACCUUGUCCACAUGAACUCUUUCGAUAUUGAAUGUCAAGACGCUGUACUUCGCGAUGUAAGCAACUACGCCAUUGGACUCAACAAAGAGAGGAUUCCACCUACUGACGUCACAACUCAUAUGUGUUCAAAUCAAUGUAGCAGACGUGGAACAUGUCACGAGGGGACAUGCACGUGCCAAACCGGAUACACUGGUGCUGAUUGUUCAGUCCCGGAAGGGGUAGCCCCUGUCGUCAGCCAUCUUCGCGGAGAUGGUCUGUGUGACUUCAGAGAUCGACCUUGUAUGAAGGUACAGGUGAUUGCCCAGCAUCUCAUGGAUGGUCCAGGACUUAAAUGUCGCUACCAAGCCGCCGAGGUUCGUGACGGCAGUCUCCAUCCAUAUGGAUCCGUCAUUGAGGCACCAGCAAAGUUCAUUAGUUUCCUUGAAGUGGAGUGCUCUCUGCCACCCAGUGAUGUUGCCACCCGAGAUAGUACUGUUGGAGGGUUCAUGGUGGCAGUGACCGCUAACAGACUUCAGUACAGUACGCCCAAACCUUUCGUUGUGUUCGACGGAUCAUGCCAAGUGUGUGACGUCACUGGAAACUGUACAUUGAAGGACAACACAUGCCUGAUCGACAAUUCGUGUAGGGCUCCUGGUGAGCAGAAUGCAGAACAUACCGGCUACUGCUCCCCAUCAUCUGACGCUCAUAGCUGGACAUCAGGUGCUGCCAUUACAGAGAUCAACCACUACACAUCGACAGGUUCUGGUUGUCAAUGUGGCUUUGACAAGACUAGAUUUGAUUGUGCCUGUUGUACUAAUAACGGCUGUCAGUGUGGAGACGCACGACCCCACAUAUGUACCAGCUGUGGAAAGCUAGACUCGUGUUCUGCCUACCCCGAUAUUGAUGUAUAAAUAAAAUAAUGAUGUCUUUCUGAC